AUGACGAUUCCAGUAAAAUUUUUACCAAAUAUAAAACCCGAUUAUCCUUAUUCGCGAAAUUAUAGCGGCGUGCUCUGGUUUGAAUAUGAAGAGCAUCCUACUAAGAAUUUUACAAAUUGUUCACAAAUUAAUGCAGAAGAGCUGCAAGAUUCAGAUUCAGAGAAUUUACUAAUGGAAAUUCGAUCGGAAAUGUUAGACGAAACACUCGAAAAGUUAAGAAGUACUUUUAUGUCAACGACAGAAACAUCCUAUUUAUCGUGUCUAGAUGAUCCAGAAAUUCUUACUCGUAUUGAUCCCCAUUUCGAGCCUCCCACAAAGGAACCACUCGAUGAUAUACUUGAUAUCAUUCCACACGAAGGCGUUCUUCAGCCAUUCUCCUCGCAAUAUGUAAGGUUCAUCUUCCAUGCUUCCGAGCCUAUGCAGCUCAAAGUUGUUGCGCUUUGUGAAAUUAUUCAGGGACCUACUGAAAUAGUUAAUGUAUAUGCCAGCGCAGACGUCAUUCGAUAUUCUGUUGACAAACAAAUCAUCGAUUUUGGUCAACAAUUAUUCGGUGAAUUGUGUCGGUCGAGCUUUACAUUGCAAAAUCAUAGUAUGAUACGUAUAGAUUAUAAAAUAAACAAGAGAAAUUUCGUAUUUAAAACAAGCAAUUUUGACUUCACAAUCGGCGUAUUAACAAUUGAGCCAAAUAAAGGAUCUAUAGGUCCUCUAUCGUCAUUGAAAAUUACGCUCGAACUUCAACCUAUGCUACUCGGCACUUUCGAAGUAGAGUUUGAGCUACAAGUGACUCAUGUAGAUCCAUUGAUAAUUACCGCAAAAGGUGUUAUAAGUUAUCCACAAGUUUAUCCCUGCAUCUCGCGAGAUAUUUCUAGACCCGUGAAAUUGGGAUACCGGGCGAUUCAACUGCUAAGUCCAGAAUUUAUCACAAUGAAAAAACAAAUACGAUGUAAUGUGGAGGAUGACAAGUUAAAGAAUCAAGUACCUGAAUGGGACGAGCGAAUCUUAUUAAAUAACGGCUGGGACUUAAUUUCAUGUGAGGAAAUAUUUCCCAGUAUUGUUGACAUCGAGAUGUCUAUUGACAGACUUUUGGCAAUUCGAUCAUUCGAAGAAAAUGCUUCCAUUUUGAUAAAACAUUUCAUUUCGCAUAAAAUUGCUGUUAUUCCUUUUCUGUAUACUCCUGAAUAUAUUAUAGACAUGGGUUAUAUUGCGAUUGAUAUCAAAACGUGUUAUUCGACAACAAUUGUCAAUUAUGGGCCUUGGAAUGCGGAAAUUACAAUGAAAAAAUCAGAAAAGAAGCAACUUGAAAAUUCUGGCAUUUUUGUGAAAUUUGAGAAAACAACGUUAACCGUUGGGAAAACUACGUGCUUGACUAUUAUAUGGCAACCGACAACGGCCAAGUAUUAUGAAAGAAGCACAAGAGAACAGCACACAAUUUAUUUAGAAAUAUCUCGUGGUUCUAUUAUUCCCAUAAUUAUAAAAAGCAUAAUUACUUAUCCAUUUGUAAUUGUUGACACAAAAUUAUUAGAUUUUCAAAAUGUCAUCGUGGGAGAAUGUUUAAUGAUGAACGUUUUAUGUCGCAUGGAGGCAAAUCUAAAAAUCACCGUUAAAAUGGGUUUGGAAACACAAGUGAUAACAUUAAUUGGUAAUGGAAUCGAGUAUAAAUUACGAAUAAGCGAUCUCGAUAUUAGUUUCCCACCCACAGUGCUUUUUACCGAAGUACUGGAGAAAACAUUCACAAUCAAAAAUAUAUGCAAUUACCCCGUGGAAUUUUUCUGGCAUCAUCUCGACAGCUUUUUUCUAGAAGAAGAGCGAAUCGCCGAGGCACUGACUCGUUAUUAUGGAGUUAAAGAAAUCCUAUUACCGCCUCGAAAACUCGGAGAGAGAAUGCCUCCGUCUUUAAUGGAAUUCUAUAAUAGCCUCAAGAAAUAUCAAGAAACCGCGUGCAGGAGCGCUAAGGCGUUGCAAAUACCACUACUGUGCAUAGAUAAUGUAAUUAUCGAAGGCAUUGCACUUGGCGACAAUUGGGUUUCUAUCAAGUUACGACAGAUCAUCGACGACGCUUAUCAAGAAUAUUUGUCAGCGUUCAAAAGAUAUAAGAAUGAUUUAGAAUUGGAAAUUGAACUAUCGGUAGCUAAGAAAACUGAUGUCGAAAUUGCGAAAAGUAUUCAUAAAACAAUCACGAAAAAGGAAUCACCUAAAGAAAUAAAAUCACCAAAAGCAACUAAAUCUGAUUUAGAAACGACAGCAAUCGAUGAAGAUUCAGAGAGUGAUACUCUACCUAAAAAAUUAAUGAUUCUUUUUGAAACGGAAUUUGCAAAGCUACCAAGAGAACAAGAUUUGAAGUACUUAGACUCUAUAAGUCUUUACGAAUAUAAAAUUCAAACAAUUUUGCUAUUACAAAAAAUAUUUCCACAUUACGCGACAAUUGAAUCGAAAGUUAAUGAAAAAAAUCAGAAUGACACUUUCCUUGGAAUUGAGAUUGAUUUAUUAACCGAAGCUUUUAGAGAAAGGUAG